UGGGUUUUUUUCGUAGCCAAGCAGUACGUUAUGAGGCAGGCUGGCGAGAGGGCAAGUUUUUUAGCCGUGCGAGUCUCUGCAGGAUAAAAAAAAUAAAACAAACAGCUACACCGGCACUUUUAAAGUUUCGUUGGGUGUGAGCAGAGGGGAAAAAUAAUUUUUUCCCCUCAUGUUUCGCAAGUUUCUCAACUUGCUUUCCGCUCCCUCGCGCUUUUGUUGACAAACAACUAUCCGCGCGUGCCUCGUACGUUUUGUAGCGCCACGUGAACUCUCCCGGCUUUGUGUCAGUAGGUUCAAGUCCGUUUCGAACUCGGGACACCUAAGCCGCGUGAAACUCGGUAUAAUUUCGAACGUUCGUUCCACCGGGAUCACGAAACCGCUCAACGCAUUGUCCGAAGAAAAUAUAGACUGAGCGUGUGGUAUUUCAAAAAAUGUGCCUGGCCGUGUAGGGUCCCAUGCGAGUGUUGGGAUCUGGUUCGGUGAAUUUCACUCGCGACAAAAACGAAAAAGGCACUUGCUGAUCCGGGUAAAUGUUCGUGAAGAUCAAGUGGAAGAAGACGGUAGCUGAGUGCGGUGUACGGGAGGGGAUCGCUUGAUGACAUUCUUGCGUCGGUUGGUGUUUGGCAGCGGCCGGUAGGACGUGCAGCAGAGCGAGCAGACGCAACAUCGACGAGGGAAGUCUGUCGCUUUGUUUACCCGCCGCCCGCCACCGUGGAGUCCGCCGCGGGCCCGCUGCAGUUCCAGGCGUCGCCGCUAGGUGUCUCCAUGGCCGCCGACUACCAGCACGAGCACCAAGACGUGAAGAUUUGCUACAGUGCCCCGUCCACGCCACCGGGCGAUGGGCACGCCUCGGCCGCGCUGCAGGUGCCCGAGAAAAAGGUUCGCGGUCGCAAGAAAGGCAGUACCAACAAGAACAGAGAUGGCAUGUGGACGGGCGUCGAUCACAACAACCCUGAGAUCUUCGGCACGAAGGGCGACCUCCAUCUGCACUCGCAGCUGCACAUGCGCGAAGCCAAGCCCUACAAGUGCUCCCAGUGCAGCAAGGCGUUCGCCAACAGCUCGUACCUGUCGCAGCACACGCGCAUCCACCUGGGCAUCAAGCCCUACCGCUGCGAGAUCUGCCAGCGCAAGUUCACGCAGCUGUCGCACCUGCAGCAGCACAUCCGCACGCACACCGGCGACAAGCCCUACAAGUGCCGUCACACGGGCUGCAACAAGGCCUUCUCGCAGCUUAGCAACCUGCAGAGCCACUCGCGCUGCCACCAGACCGACAAGCCCUACAAGUGCAACUCGUGCUACAAGUGCUUCAGCGACGAGCCGUCGCUGCUCGAGCACAUCCCCAAGCACAAGGAAUCCAAGCACCUGAAGACGCACAUCUGCCAGUAUUGCGGCAAGUCGUACACGCAGGAGACCUACCUGACCAAGCACAUGCAGAAGCAUGCCGAGCGCACGGACAAGCGGCCGCCCAUCACGGGGCUGGGACUGACGGUGGCCGUGGCAGGAGGCAACCAGGGCCCGCCGUCCGGCGAGCAGCACCCGCAGUCCUACUGGCCCAAGGUGUCCCCCGACACCGCCAACUCGCUCGUCGACGCCAUGGGCCAGCAUGACGCCUGCCUCCAGCAGGGCGGCAACGGCUUGCCGGCCGACCACCACCUCGCCCACCGCGGCAUGAUGGACCACCACGCGCGCCAGAUGAACGGCGGCGGCAACCCCGAGGACGACCUCCCCGGCAUGCCGCGGCCGCCCAAUCCGGGCCACAUGCACGCGCCGCCUCCGCCCGCGGCCACGCCCACCUCCCAGGGGAUCUCCUCGUCGUCGCCGUCCGUCGCGUACGUCGACUCGGGCCUUGUCAAGAGCUCGGCGGGACCCACGUCCGCGUCGGCCUUCACGCCGAUCCAGUCGAUGGCGGGGCUGGCGCCGGCGCACCACGCGCUCAACCACCUGCCCCACCACCACCACCAGCUGGGGAUGGCGCCGGCGGCGGCGCGGUCCGCCUACCUGCCGUACGAGGCCAUCUCGUUCCCGGCGCCCAAGGCGCUCGGCGAAAUGCCCAAGACCAGCUCCGCCAACAGCUUCCCGAACCAGCUGAUCUCGCUGCACCAGAUCAGGAACUACGCGCACCAGCCGUCGUCCACCGGGCUCAUGGCCGGCGACCACCUCCUGGGCCUCAAGGACAAGGCACAAUAAUGUUACGCCCCCUGCGGCGGCGAGCGCUACGGCUACUGCUACAGUGACAACUUCAACUACCGCUGGUCCCAGUGAUGAAACUCCUCCCCCCCCCCCCCUGUUCGUGCUUUUCAGCUCGAUGUGAUCUACAUGUGUAAACUGCGCUGCGUCACGCCGCGAGACGAGUGUAAGUGUUUCAACUGGUCUGCGGUGUCACGUAAAAUGCAACAAGACAUAUUACAAAUGAAAUAAGUGAUCAGAAGAAAAAAAAAGUGAAGCAGCUUUGGCUUCACAUACUGUAUAGCGUGUUCGACGUUUGAUUAUGCUGUGGGUGGUACAAUGCAAAAUAGUUAAAUAAAUUCUUUAUCUAAAGCUGUUGUUAACGCUAAUUACAGUAAUUGAAUUUGAAUAGCGUUCCAAAGUAGUUUUACUGUUACAUUCUGUAAAAUAUUUUUUAGGCGGCAACUGUUUGGAAUUGAGGUUGUGUCAAGUGUGACAAAUAAUUUGGGACAAACCCUGAUCUACUCAUUAUUGUUUGGAAAUGCUUUAACUUGCAUAUUUAGUUUAUUUUGAAAAUAAUUAGCUGUGGAAUUUUUGAAACUGUUGUUCUUUUUAUUUUUAAAAAAAUAUUUAAGCGCUCUGCAUUUACUGAUUGUUUACAAACAUUCAAAUGCUGUGUGAUUUUAUAUGUCUAGAACAAUAAAUUUACUUAAUUCCACAAUUUAUUCAGUUACACCAAACAUGCUGAUCAGAUAUUUCAGAUGGUACAGGUAUCGUAUCUCGUAUUUAUUUCAAUCACAGAAGUCAAUGCUUGAAAAAGAAAGUUCUUAACAGCCAAAGUUAUGGUUUUAGAUAUUCCUAAAAUGUUUCUGCUUGAAUUAAGAAACAUUCAACAUGGACUUUUUUUUUCAACACCCUACAGUCACUUGAAGAUAAUAGUUGAAAAUUUUAAAAAUAAUGCAUCUUAUUUCUAAAAAAAGACACAUGAUUAAUGACAAAUCUGUUCAGAUAUCAUUUUAGCUAAAAAAAAAUAUUUAUAUUCAGACUAUGUGUACAAAGCUUAAUACGGAAAAAAAAAAAAAUGUUUCUGUUGUAGGUAAUUAUUUAUUUGGUUGUUUCCGAAUCACUUUCAUAAUUUAUAUAAUGCUCAAAAGUAUUAAUUACUACUAAGUUCCCUGUUAUCAGAUUUUUAAAUAAAUAUUCAUUCAUAGAUGUUACUGUUGUAGAUGUGCGUAUCCAUAAAUGGUUCAAAACACACGCUGAGUAAGAAAAUUAACUCUUAAAAAUUUUGGUGCUCCUUUCUCGUGGUACACUGCAGAAUAUAGACCAGCAACAGUAUGAAAAUUACAAAAAAAAAAAAAAAUCCUUUUAGCAGAUGCAACCAUGCAUGUAAUUUGUUUAAAAACGCAAUUUUGUUUUUUACGUAUAGGCCUAAUACUUAUAGUCUUAUUACAAUUUCCUGUGUUAUGGUUAAACAUCCUGGUUAGAUGGCAUACAACUUUGCAUAACUGAUCGGGGAAAUAUGAAAAACUCGAAAAAAUGCAACUGAAAAUUGGAAAGCAGUCAUCAUUAAUGACAAAUUUUAUGAAAUCUGUGUCAUGCAUUAAGUUAUAAAAUAUUGCUUCAUUCCAUCAAACGCAUUUUUUGUUCAUAAUCACCCGAAGUUUAUUUAACAUCAUCUUGGAACUACAAUAUUUUCCAAAAUCCCGGUUUUUAAAAGGAAAACGUAAACAAAAAAUGAUAGUAUUAGAAUAUGGGGGAACUAAAGAAUGUCUUUGCAACCAAAAACAAUAAGGCUUUUUUCACUAAGCAGAACACUUACUAUAGCGCCAGUAAUGUUUCACUUAUUAACACACAUAAUUUUCUAUCCAAUAAUUGAUUUGGCUAAAAACCAGAAAUUAUAUUUCUCUGCUCUCUUUCAUUCAAGUUUCAUAACAAUUUGUAUUGGGAUUUUUUAUUUGAUAUACUGCCUGAUAUAAAUCACAGAAACUGUAUUUCAGACUAAGUGUAUAUAUUAACAAUUAAAACCACUUUAUGACUAAAUAUGUAUUAAGAACUGCGAAGAAAAUUAUAUGAUUUCAGUUCGUUAUUUGGCUAAGUCUGUCAGAAAAUGUGUUGUACCAUCACUUCAAGGAAAUAAUAUGGUCGUUUGUACUUAAUACUACAUUCUGAAUUUUCCUAGCCCAGGUUGGUCGUAUCCGACAGUAAGAAACCGAUUAACUUCAAUUUUUAUUCCCCACUAAGAAGUUUGACACUAGACUACAUCUCAAAACUUAAGCUUAGCCAAGUAUUAUUUUUUAUUAAGGUCUCUGUCAGUCAUAUAUUCUGUCCAAGAAAAUUAAAAUAACUUUGCGCUGAUCCCAUAUUUAACCACUUUAAUAAACUGGUGUAGGGCACUGUUUCAAAGAUGAAGUUUUAAAUGACUGAAAAUGUUUUAAUUCAUGUAUUUUGUAUAAUCAUAAUAUGAAAUCCAUUGGCAGAAAAGAGAAAACUACCCCCCUCCCAAAAAAUAUUUUUCACAGACAUAGAUCCACUGAAAUAUGACGUUAAAUAUACUUUUUUUUAGGAACCCAUGAAUGUAGCGAUUGCAUUUAAGGGGAUAAAAACAUUCCUUUAGAGUUUUAUGAAGUAGUUUGUGAACUUUUAUGACCGGGGAGGACUUCAAUGUCGCCCUUAAACGUUUAAGUAAAAGCAUAUUUGUGCCUGUGCCGAGCGCAGACCUAAGCUGUAACGCACAACUCGUGAUAUCAGUCUGUGACGACAAGGGGUAAAGCUUACACAUGCCAUAGAGCACACAUGUCGUUUUGUUGUUUCUUUUUUCCCUGCCCGAUACUUCGAAAACUGUAGUAUACACACUUUUUGUGAUUUGUUUACAAUAUUAAAGUAACAAUGUAGAAAAAAUCUGUUAAAGUAUGUAGGCAUUGGGUCCUUCCUUUUUUUUUAACCAAGAGAAAAAGUAAAUCUCAUUAAACUUUGUUUAAGCUUCCAAAAACAAUAAAAUUACCAAGAUAUCAGCACAACUGUAAUUUUUUUAAAGUUUUAUAUUACUUUCAGUUCGUCAGAUGGUAUCGAAUAUCCCACGAUCCAAUAACAAAUUACAUUCAAACGAAUAACUGUUUUCCGUUGCCAAACAGUGACGCCAGUUGCACAGAUUCGUUUUCACACGACUCGGCGUCACUGCUUCUUGCUGUCGGUCGCUGGUCCAAGGUCGUGUUUGGCAUGUCGAAGCGACUGCACCAGUUUAAUACGUAACGCAUAAACGUCUGCUUGAAGCACCGGCGGAAUCCCCAGUGUUUCCCCUGGAAACGUCAUAUAAACGCGUGCUGGUUUUUUCAGCUUAUAAUGGCAUCGUCUUUCAAACAUGGACUUGCCUCUGGACCUCGUAGUUUGCCCAGGUCAUAAUCACUUUUGGUGUUUUACGAGGGAUAUUUUUUUUGGCAUAGUCUGCCGAAAAUUUCAAAUAUCUAUAGACCUGCAAAGUUUACAUUAUUUCGGUACUUGUCUAGAUUCAAACAUGUGUACAUAUAAAUUAUCCUUGACAUUGGAUAAAAAUUUAUUCAACACACCCUGAAACACAAGAAGCCAAAAUGCGAUAAACACCUAAAAAAGCAGUUGACCAAAUAACUUGCGAGAGAAGGUAAAAUGUGGCUGCAGCCAUUGAAUACAUGUCAUCGACUUCAUUAUGCACACGUCUGUGGAUCCAAACUUAUAAUCACUGACAAACAGUACUUCCGUUAACACUAUACAAUAUUUGGCUUAGUGAAUAAUAUAUAUAUAUAUAUAUAUAUAUAUAUAUAUAUAUAUUGUGACUACAGUAUAAUGUAAACACGUAUGUGUUUUUUUUCAUAUAAUCCCAUGCAAAAUACUAGAUUAAUGAGAAUAAAAUUAUAAACCGGGGAAGUAGCAAAAAAAAAAAACUCUUCUAAAGCGUAUCUACUGUCGAAUUACCGUUUCUUACGUGUUUAUUUUUGAAAUUUUGUGCAGUAUUUAUCGCUACAAAAAAAAACCACGGAUGGUCUCUCGAUAACAGAAAGUGUUUUUAGAAAUGUACAGUUUUUGCGAGCCUCGGAUUUGAUGAUACCGUUUUUCAAACACAGACAUUUAGCUUUCUUUGUAGAAAACCACUGUUUUCAGUAUCAGAUACAAUAUCUUCAUUUGGGUUGGCGUGUUUUGAUUUAUUAUUCUAUGGCUAUUUUAUUAUUUUCUGCAAUUACAUUUUAUCUGGUAUAAGUAAAUUACGAUGAUUGGAAAAAAAGAGAAGGUGAAAAUUUCUCUAAUUAUCGACAGGAUCAAACAUUUCUCAUAAUUUCCAUGAUAGUUGUUCGUACUUAAUAAUUUUACCAUGAAGGAUCGUAGUGCCAUUGCUAAGAUCUCAAAAGCGUAAGAAAGAAAUGUGAUAUCGAGAUUAUGAUGAAUUUUUAGUCAACGAGGUAAGCAUAGAAGCCCUGAAAUUAAGCUGAACGUUAAGUAAACACUAACGUAACUUAACACUUGUAGUGUAAUCGAUAAGCGCCUGAAGUUCCGCAGAGAUAAGUCGAUACCUUACGACAGCGUAUUCGAACGACAUAUGGCUAUGAAAAAUAAUUAUUUCAUGUUUAUUUUAAACACACUCGUCUGUAUGAGGUAUUCAAUGGUGAGUGAAUUUCACUUCUUAUAAACAAGAAGACAUUUAGUAUUAAUCAAGUUUAAAAAGCGACUUUCAACCAUAAGAAUAUGACACUUCCUCUUGAUAAUUCGAAAAAUGUACAUCUUUGAUUCAUAACUGUAGCAUUUAAAGACUGCAAACAAAACUUUGCCAAGUUUUAUUAUUUUAUUUGUUUCUCUAAAGUAAUAAUUAUUUGGUACUUAAGUAACGGACAAAACCCAAUGUUUCCAAACGUACCAAAUAGCGCGCAGCACAUAAUAAAUAUGUGGUGUGCAGUGUAUUCGCCGUAACGGUGAAACCUAAAAACCAGCAAAAAACUGUGAUUUAUUGAAUUAAGAGUGUACUCAUAUUUUUAUAAUUACCAUCCCAGAUAUUGGGACCAAAAUUGGAGAUAUUAUAAAAUAAUUUUUUUGCUCAAGCACAUGUGUGCUUGUUAUUCUGUACACGUGAUUUUCUUCUUAAUCAUAAUCACAUUAAUUUCAGUUCUACUUUAAUAAUUAUCAGUAUCUCAUUUUCGCGUUGUUUUGCGAAAGUGGUAUUUAAAUUAAAUAUAACUAGACCUUUAAGUUAAAUUUGUUUAUUAUUAUAAUAUACUGUGUAUCUACUUUUUCUCAGAAAUAAUAUUAUUGGAAGAUUUUAGUCUUACUUAGUUAUUCGUCAGCAUGUGAAGUGAUUAAAGUUAUAUGAUACAUCUCAGCGAUGUCAAGGUUAUGCUCAAUAAAAUAUCUAAUAUUUUAUUUUUGGAAUGUUUUUUUUUCUUCUUUAAUUCGUUUUGAACCACUGCCUCUUUGUGAGAGAACGGACUUAAGUCGUGUAUCACCACAGUGACGUGGCUGUCAGCAUAUUAUUUUGUAUAAUUUUAUUAAAUUCUAGAAUUUUUUGUGUUUUAUACGUUAUUCAGAAAUACUCUGGUCUCUGGUUGAAUUAUACUUGCCAGUUUCCUAUAAAUUGUGUACGUUUAAAGUAAUGUUAGAAAGUGUGACUGGAACAUAACAAAGCUUGGAAGCCUUGUAAUUUUUUAUGCUUUAAAAUGUUUUUGGAAUAAGUUAAUAAAUGUUUAUUUUUGGUAAUGUUUAUAAUAACUUGUCCGCAUGAUAUGCACGAUAAAAUUGAGAUAAAUGAUGUCAUAUGACGUUUCAAUGUUAUUCGUUCCUGAUAAAUAAACCACUGAAUUUACUAGUAACAAACCUUACAAAAUUAAAGUAAACUUCGCACCCAAAUAUUGCUUGAAAUGAUUUGCUUUAUUUCAUACCUUGUUUUAAAGUGCAAAUAAAAUGA